AUGUGCAAUACCUGGAUAGGUACUGUGCAAAAUAUCGCAGAGCUUGACCGUUGCCUCAAAAGGGGGCUUCUCUUCUCAGAACACCCCUCCAAGUCAUUCUCAUCACUCACGUUAUCACCGGAUGGAAAGCUCAUUGCUUUCGGAACCACGAGUGGGGAAAUCAAAGUCUGGGAUUUAACCACGAAACUCUUUAAGUGGGGGUCAGGUCCAAAUGGUGUAAGCUGGGCAAACUGCCUGGAAUUCUCACACGACAACCGACAACUCGCUGCUUCUUCCAAAUCAGGAGAAAUCUGGCUCUUUGACACUGAUGCUGGCAGGGUCAUCAAGGAAUGGGUUUUUCGAGCGGGAGUACCAGAUUAUUUGAAAUUCACCGAUGAUAGAUCUCAAUUGAGUACCAACUUGGGAGCUCUGAAGAUCAAGCCAAUCAACCCUUCAGAACGGCCUAGCAUUGAGAUAACCUUACUCGAGGAGGACUGGGUCGCAAUCAAUGGUGUGAGAGAGUUGUGGCUGCCCCGGAAGUCUCGUCCCAUGGAUUUGCGUGUUAAAGACGGUAUUCUGGCAAUGCUGCUUGAAUCUGGGGAGAUGUUCUUCAUAGAGUUUGUCGUAUAG